UAAUCCAACUUCGUUCCAUUCUUGAACGGUGCCGGCACAGAUAACAUACAUUCCUACAUCAAACGAUUUUAUAUUUUAAAACUAUAUUUAAGAUUAUUUAAAAGAUGCCGGGAUACAUUUUCGGUUUCGUACUUGCAAUUCUUCUCUGGGAAAAAGGUUUUGCAGAAUUCCAGUGCCCGAACAGUUCUGGCUACUAUCCGGAUCCAGAGCAGUGCGAUUUGUACUAUGAGUGCCGAGGCGGCGUUGCCAAGCAGAAACUUUGCAAAGAUGGUCUCGUUUUCAAUGACAAAAAUCCACUCUACGAGAGGUGCGAUUACCCAUUCGCCGUCACUUGCGGAGACAGAGAGUACCUGCAAACACCUCAAGAGAGCAAGAACUGCCCCAGAAGAAAUGGACUAUUUCCGAAUGAAAAGGCAAGAAACUGCAAAAGCUUCUGGCAGUGCACCGAUGGUGUAGCAUCCAAAAUGAACUGCCAGACUGGACUGGCCUUUAAUCCUGCAACUGGGACAUGCCAGUGGAAGUACUUGGUUCCUCAGUGCGGCUAAUAUGCGAGAAAAUGUUUGCAAGUGUACUGUUGGAAUUCUAGCUCAGGUCUUCAUCCCCACAGACAAAUGUCAUUUUCUUACAAUAAACUUAUUUAAAUGCAU